GGAGAAACUUGUUGAGUGAGGUUGAGGAUUACAGGAAACUCAGAGUCCAGUGGAUCACACAGGCUAUCUUGGAGUACAGAGGCUGGGUCUCUCCCCGAGUACCCUUUCCUACUGUCCUUCCAGCCAGAAGGCAUUCCCCUCUGGAACAAGGCAGCGACCAGCUAGGAUGCCUGCCACUUUGAACAGCCAGAAGCGGGACCCCAUCAUCUGGACGGAUCUCAUCUUCUGCAUUCCCACACAUGUGCCCCAAGCCAAAGCUCCGAAGAAGGCAGCGAAGUGUCAUCCCUCUGCAACUUCCGAACUCCAACCGCAUGGAAGUGGUGGCCAACUGGGCAAGAAGGAAUGGCAAAUGAGACCACUGCAUCGCCACAUCAGUUCUGUUCCAGACGAGGAGGCAGUUGCAGCCAAAGAGCCCCCUCUACCCCCAGCCCAUCCUGUGAAUUCGCCAUCCCCCCCAGGAAACCUGGCCUCUCAAGAAAAGCACAGGGUCAAAAGGAUUUUGGUUGACCUAACUUCCAUCCUGGAGGAUGUAAUGGACCCCUCCGAGGAGGAGCCUGAGGAAAGGGGCCUACAAAACGUUGCACAGCCUCCUUUAGACCCUGGAGAUUCCAGCAGUGAAAUUCUGGAUCCCUCCCAGGAAGCAGAAAAGAGAGACCUCACCAAUGAUGAACGCCCUUCCUCAAAUGCCAGAGACCCCAGCCAUGAAGACCAUGAAACAGAAACAACCACUCUGGGUUCUGAAGAUGGACCGUCGGACCAGGACAUUUUGACGCCUCUCUCAGUGGAUGAGUGCACAGCCAGGACCCUGGAAGGGAUCUUGUUGCCAUCUGAUGAGCCAGACCAGAGAACUCCCAGGUCAUUCCUUGAGAUAACCGCACAGCAGCAGGGCCUUCCAGAGACAGACAGCACAACAGAGCUAGCCGGGGCAGUUUAUCUCUACAUGCCGGUUGCUGAGAAGCAAAAACAGGAAGAGGUGACCCUUCAUGGCUGGGUGGGUUGGUCUUCCCACUUGCUGGCCAUUUUGGGAGACAGGAUGCUAGACCAGAGAGACCACAGGGAAGGUUUCCAGAUCCGGGUUGGGAAAUACCUGCAGAUUUCGGUGGUGCAGCCUGAGCCCACCCCCCCCUCCCCAGAUGUCCAGCUUCCAACUCAGCUUCUCCUCCAGAGGCUCCAGGAGACCACAACCAGCAAGAACCAUUUGCUGAUCAUGCAAGUGCUGAGUUCGUUGCGCGAGGAGUUGCUGGCACAAAGACCAGACUCCAGUGAAGGGGACAAACGUAACCAUCUCUCAGAGCAUCCAAUGGGCAACCUGCAGAAACACCGGCAACCACAGAGAAACAAACCUUACCAUGACCUGCUUCUGAAGAUGCCAGCCACAGAUGCGAGUGAAACGUUUGGACCAAAAACUACCAGACCAUGA